GGGAGCGGCCUGCCGCGGAAGCCUCCCGCGCCCUCCCGCCCGGCCCCGCCAUGGCGCUGCGGCGCCUCCUGCUGCUGCUGCUGCCGCUGCUCUCGCUCCAGCCCUUGGACCUAAUGCCCGGAGCCUGGGGCGCCCGCGGCCGUGCCGCCAACCGGACCCUGAGCGCCGGCGCCGCGGCCGUCGGGGGCCGGCGGCCCGGGGGCGCCCUGGCCCGGGGCGGCCGCGAGCUGAACGGCACCGUCCGGGCGCCCGGCAGCCCGGAGGCGGGGAGCCGGCGAGGACAGCCAGCGGCGGCGGUGGCGGCGGCCAGCGCGGCCGUCACCUACGAGACGUGCUGGGGCUACUACGACGUGAGCGGCCAGUACGACAAGGAGUUCGAGUGCAACAACAGCGAGAGCGGCUACCUGUACUGCUGCGGCACCUGCUACUACCGCUUCUGCUGCAAGAAGCGCCACGAGAAGCUGGAUCAGCGCCAGUGCACCAACUACCAGAGCCCGGUGUGGGUGCAGACGCCCAGCACCAAGGUGGUGUCGCCGGGGCCCGAGAACAAGUACGAUCCGGAGAAGGACAAGACCAACUUCACCGUCUACAUCACCUGCGGGGUGAUCGCCUUCGUCAUCGUGGCCGGCGUCUUCGCCAAGGUCUCCUACGACAAGGCCCACCGCCCGCCGCGGGAGAUGAACAUCCACAGGGCUCUGGCUGACAUCCUAAGACAACAGGGACCAAUCCCCAUAGCACACUGUGAAAGAGAAACUAUCUCGGCCAUCGAUAGCUCUCCCAAAGAGAACACGCCGGUCCGAUCGUCCUCCAAAAACCACUACACCCCCGUGCGCACAGCCAAGCAGACUCCAGGACAUUAUGGGAAGGAUGCUUACCGAAGUGGAGGACCUGAUCUCCAUAACUUCAUCUCAUCUGGAUUUGUCACAUUAGGAAGAGGACACACGAAGGAGAAGCCUCGGAUGAACAACAUCCUGACAUCGGCCACCGAGCCCUAUGACCUCUCCUUCUCACGCUCCUUCCAGAACCUGGCCCACCUGCCCCCAUCCUAUGAGUCUGCAGUGAAGACCCACCCCAGCAAGUACUCAUCCCUGAAGAGGCUAACGGACAAGGAGGCUGACGAGUACUACAUGAGGCGGCGGCACCUGCCUGACCUGGCGGCCCGCGGCACCCUCCCCCUCAACGUCAUCCAGAUGUCCCAACAGAAGCCACUGCCUCGCGAGCGACCCCGCCGGCCCCUCCGGGCCAUGUCGCAGGACCGGGUCCUUUCCCUGGAGCGAGGCCUGCCUGACGACUUCGGCCUGCCCUACGACCGCCUCCUCUCGGACGAGCAGCUGCUCUCCACGGAGCGCCUGCACUCCCAGGACCCGCUGCUGUCCCCGGAGCGGACGGCCUUCCCGGAGCAGUCCCUGGCGCGGGCCAUCUCGCACACGGAUGUCUUCGUGUCCACGCCUGUGCUGGACCGCUACCGCAUGACCAAGAUGCACUCGCAUCCCAGUGCCUCGGAUAACUCGUACGCCACCCUGGGCCAGAGCCGCACGGCGGCCAAGCGCCAGGCCUUCGCCUCGCGCAGACACAACACCGUGGAACAGCUGCACUACAUCCCGGGCCACCACACCUGCUACACAGCCAGCAAGACGGAAGUGACCGUGUGACCGGCGGGGGCCGGGGUCGGCAGGGGCCUGGGCUGCAGCUUCCAGGCCCGGACGGGUCCCCUCCCCUCGUCCUCUCUUGUUGGGGCUGGGGGUGGGCCGCCUCUCCCAGAAAGCCAUACUCCUGGGACUCGGCCGGUGGCCUGGCACAGCGCGUGCGCAGACCUGGGAUCUAGAGGGGUCACCCUCACUGUUCCAGAAGAAUCGGAGGGGAAGGAGGAGAGGGGCGAGGCCCGGGUCUCCCUCCCCUUCCCCACUGUCACCAAGUCCCUUUCUCCCAAUUCCCCCUCCUUCUCCUGGGGGCUCAGCUGCAGGUCCGUCGGCCAAGAGACCCUGGCCGGAAGCUGCCUGCCCGGAUUUGACUUGGCCGAUGGGCUGACGGAAUAGGCUCCACGGUCUCUUUCAUUCACCUAAAACCGCAUCACAGAAAUCUUCUUAGUGCCUAAAAACUGCCUGCUCGCUCUCUCAGAGCCAGGGAGCUGCUGUGUCCAUAAGCACAAUAAUGAUUCUCUUCUGCCCGCUGGAACUCACUGGUCCCCACUGGGUGGCCCUUCUCUCUGCUGACUCCCCUGUGCCCCUCCCCCAAGCCCCAGGACCUGGCAGGUGUUCCCUUCCUUCAGCUGCCGCCCCAAGGUUGGGAACCCCGCCCCUUUCCGGCUGGCUGACCCGCCCACAAGGCCCUGCCCCGCCCCCAGCCCUAGAGUCCAUCCCUGGGUUCUCUGGGGCUUCCCUCUGGUAAUUCCAGAACAGAGUAGGGAUGGGGUGCAGGGGCUUUUGGGGUGGCUCUCCCCAGCAACCCAAUGAUCUUCACACUUCCUCCAGGCCUCCAGGUCUGUCUGAACCGUGACCUGCCACUCUGGCCUGCCUUCCCCUCCCUGGCUCUUCUCCCAAGAGGCUCUGCCCCCUGGCUCAAGAGCAGCUGUGGGGAGGCCACUGUGACACCUUGGGCCUCGAAGGCUGGUCAUUCCUCUAGCCCAGGGCUCCCACCACAUGCACCAGGCAGGACAGAGGCGCUGGCUACUAGGUGGACAGCCCAGCCCCAGGCAAAGGAGGACCCCAGGCGGUUGUUCUGGUUGUUCUGCACCUCGACCUCUCCACUCUCUGCAUCACUGACUCCCCACCCCACGACCCCCGGCCCCUGUGCUUGGCCCUGUCUCUGUUUAGAACCUGCUCUCUGCCAGUUUCCCCUCCUGCCGCCACCCUGUCCCCCUCGCCCCACAUCUCCCAUCUUCCUGCAGCUUCAGGACUCUCUCCUGGCUGCUGCUUCUUUCUCCAGUGUCUCCUUUGGAUCUACCUGACAGAGACCAAUUAGCAGACGCAAAUAAUGGCACUCCAGGCUAUUGGUCUGGGGGCUAACUGGGUACCUCCACAGUGCUCCCCUGCAGGGGGCGUCCAGCCUCAGGCACAUCCAUGCCCUCAGCUCUGUUGGGGGGUUGCCCCCUCCCCCGCAGCCCAUCUCAGCCUCUUCUCUGCCUCCAAAGGGUGUGGGGGUAGGGGGGGUAGGUGGGGUGGACAGGGUGUGGCACCCCCCUGGAGAGCAGACAGUGAACAAAGUAGAAUCUACUACCCAGAGACCAGAGCCUGGUCGGGGGUGGGGGGGAGAGAAGGCUCCAUUCUCUGGGCCAGGAUACCUCCCUGGGCUGAAGCUGGGGGAACUGGCUUCAGACUAUUGAGCAAAGGUAUAAUACUACAAAUAUGACAGCCGCCACAGUCAGACUCCAAAAGCAAUGACUUUAAACUAGCUUUUAGAUUCCCCAGUUCCGCAUACAACAUGUAUGACCCUUUAAAAAGCAGGGGUGGGGCAGGGAGAACACCCCAGGGUCAGCCCUGGGAAUUUUUAAUCUAAUCCACAGAGAAAUCAAUUGACUGAUUCCUCCUACUUUUUCAAGAAUUCCAAAGCUCUUGUCCUCCCCUCCCUACCACAGUGCUCACCAUCACAUGAAUCACGAGGGGGACUGAGGCUGGGGGUGAUGGACACUGCCCUGAGGUCCCCAAGGGAGCAGUGUCACUGGGGCUGUGAGGCUGUGAGGUCAGGGAUAACUCUCUGCUUCCCUUCUUGACAAACACAUAAACCGUCUCAAGGGCUGGUCCCUAAGGGUUUAUGAAGAGUUUGCUCCAGAAGAUGAAACUAAGAGGGCUGGGCUGGAAGGAAUCAGCUACUCCUGGAAAGGAACACGUGUCUGUCACAGCCGCUCCCCUCUGCCCACUGCUCUCUAAUCCAGUCCUUGGCCACUCCCCUUGAAGGCUGGUGCAGAGCGGGGAAAGGAGGUGGGUGGAUGUGAAUCUGUACAAACAUAGACCUGAACCAGAAACUGGUUCUCAUUCAUGUCUGCAGCAUCCUCUCUGCACCAAGUUCUCCAGCCCUCAGGGCAAUGAUGCUUCUCCCUAGCCCUGUGUGUCUGUCUGGGGUCUGUUUGGUAGGUUGAUUCUGAACCAUUUUUCAUCCCAGUGUUCCUGCUACCCAGUUUAAAACCUCUGGUUGUCGGCUGGAUCAAAAAAUUUCUAUCUGACCCUUUACUUCUUUGUAAUGAUUCUUCUGCUUCACCCUUGAGUCUGGAAGGAGGGAGGGAAGGAAGGAAGAAAAUAAGAGAAAGAGGUCUACAGACAAGCUCCAAUUCAGUCCCCUCAUUUCAGGAUCCAUACAAUGAUGUCUUAACUGGGACACAGCAAUAUCUUAUCAGUUGUGCCAUCCAUGUUUGUAGGAAGAGCAAAGCUGCAUUACUGGACAAGUUCUUUUAGCAGAGAGGAGAGAGUUCUGGGGCUGGAACCCGGGUGUCCAGACUUUCAGCACCACCAGGCUGGUGGCCGCUACCCCACAUGGAAGUGCUGGCCCUUCCUCCACAAUGGAAGCCCUGCUCUCCCACUAAGGGUAGCCCCAAGCCUGAUGUUUCCCUCGGCUUGUCUGGCUCUCUGAGUCUCCAUUGCUCUGCUGGGGAAACACUGGGGUCUGCAUGGGUUCUCUCCUGCCCUGAAGGUUUGUGCUGGUCAGCUUGGCCUUUGAUGGCAGCUGAGCCCUCACUGUCUGUCAUGCCCUUCCACCUUUCCUGCCUCGCUUCCUCCAGUGAACUCCUGGCUCCGGGAGCUCGUAAGUCACAAAUGCUUUCCCAAGAAUUCCUUUAAUCCCCUAAAUGGACUUUUACCCACAGGGCUCCCCAGUGUCUUGGGUGAUGGCCUUGCCUUCUACAAAGCUCCCAUCCCUCUCUUCAUUCAGAUGUCUCCUCCCCUCUUUCCACUCCCAGCCCAAAACUGACCUCACUCUUCCGUGCCCUUCAGCCCUUCCUCCUCUCGUCUCCCUGGCCCUGGUCUUCUCCAUCCCCAAUUUCUUUUCCCUGGUCCUGCUGCACUACCCCCGUGGUUCUAAAAUGUGGAGCUCUCAAUGAAGACAGUCCCAGAGUGAGA